AUGAAGUUCUUCGAAAACAAGUUCACCUAUGAUUACUCAUUUCCCGCCGUGUCCCUCGCAUAUUUCCUUCGCUACCCCAACCCUUAUUCGCGCCAUGUCCUCACAACCGAUGUCAUUGAUCGAUACGUCGACCCAAAGACGGAACGUCUGCACACCCUUCGUCUUCAUCUGAAGAAAUCCAAGGUGCCUUCCGGUAUCCUGAAGCUGCUUCCGAAGGGCAUGGGAGGCUCCGAUAGCUCCGGCCAGAGUUACAUCCUCGAGAAGACCAUUGUCGACGCCAAAGAAGGCUGGAUGGAGACUGAGUCUCGGAACAUGGAAUGGACUGGUAUUCUGAGUGUAGUUGAGAAACAACACUACCAGCGUCUAGCAUCCGAGAAUCGCCUGGCUGUCGAUAGUCUAGCCAUUGAUCAAGGCGCCGAGCAGACCACCGUCAAGACAACUGUCACUUUCCGAUCACGACUUGGUCAAGGCAAGCUUCUCGGUCGCAAGAAGCAAGAAACCGGUGAUAAUGAAGAGGAAGAGCCACGCAAAGGAUUCUUCUCCUCGUUGUCCACGGCUGGAAUCCAGCGGACCAUUGAGCUGAUUGGUGUCAGUCGCACCAAGGAAGCGGUUCUGAAAAGCAAGCAGGGCAUGAACAUCGUCCUUGAACGCCUUCGCAGUGGUGGCGUCGUUGGCGUUCUCGAGGGAAUGCGUGAGGACCGCGAUGCUGCUUUCGGGCCCGAGGGCCCUUGGAAGCGCGUAUGGCUUCAGGGUAAGGAUCGUUCCAUUGACAACGACAAGUCAUGA